AUGGUUCUGUUGGAUAAUUGUGGGUUUUGUGUGUUGCUUCUCUCCAUUUCAACAGGUUUCAGCUGUCAACAACUGACUGUAGAGAAGAAUGAAGAGUCCAGUUUAGAAGGCAGCACUGUGACUCUGACCUACAAAUACUCCCAAACUGCUACGUAUAGUGAUUAUUUCUUCUGGUAUCAACAACAUCCAGGAAAACCUCCAGAGUUCCUCAUCUUUCACACAGUAGCACAAAAUGAAACAAAAGCUGGACUGUCUGUUAUUGUGAGUGGUGAUAAAAAAGAAAUCAGUAUGAAGAUCUCCUCUGCUGCAGUGACAGACUCUGCUGUGUACUACUGUGCUCUGCAGCUGCAGUCUCCUGGGACAUCAAGUGUCAGCAGUGAAGAACUCACUCCAGUCAACAAUGAAGAGUACAGUUUGGUAGAAAACACUGUUUCUUUGUCCUAUAAGGCCUCAAAAGUGUCAACAGGAGAUUAUUUCUUCUGGUAUCGACAACAUCCAGGAAAACCUCCACAGCUUCUCAUCUCACACUCCAAUUCAGGAACAAUUGGAAGUAAAGAAGAUGACAGACUGAAGAUUCAAGUGGAGGGAAACCAAAUGACUACGGAGAUCUCCUCUGCUGCAGUGACAGACUCUGCUGUGUACUACUGUGCUGUGAAGCCCACAGUGACAGGAAACAGUAAAACUCUGUACAAAAACCUUUGGAGCAAAGACAACAGAAAACUCCACAACAUCCACUAGAGGGAGACACACUCUGUUAAAGCUCUGAUUUGUGACUUGUUGGACUGAUGACAAAGACAACAGAGAAAUGAAGCAGUCAAGAUCAGACAUUUUAUUUUAUCUUUGUGUUAAAUGGAACAUGAAUGCUUUCAGGAAUGAUGAAUCUGAUUUGUGUUGAAUUAUCAGUUUUUUAUUCAGUAUUCUGUUUAAACUAUAUGUGUGUCAACGUUUGGGAAGACACAAUAAGCCUCUUGUUGUUAAAUUGUAACAAUGAAACAACAUGGAAGUAACAUCUAAAUUUGUAAACAUACUAUCAAUAUAUGUAGCUCUCUGCACACCAGAUUAUUUGAUCUGACAAAUAAUUUAAUUUACCGUUUGUACAUGUCAACACAGCAAAGAACUCAAAUGUUGGCUUUUAUUAGUUGCCACACAUGGAAUUCUACUGAUCUUAGAGACCUCAAAAGUUGAUGCAAUGUUGACAACAGACCUCUAGUAGGACAUAUGGAGACAUUUAUAAUUACACUCUGACAUGAACUUUCUGGAGCACCAAUAUUACUCUCCUUUGAAUGUUUUGCACUUACGUAUUUCUAUUGUCAAAGGCCAACAAUUAAAAAUGUGACCUCUGCAGAAGCAGAAGGAAACAAUUUUGUCUGUGUCCUCACCAAGUUUUAUUUCUACAAAAACCAAUCCCUUAAAGUUGUUCUAAUUGGAAAAGAGAAAAAAUAAAUCACUUUGAUCAAAAUCAGAGAUGGAGACAAAGUUGCU